GAGGAACCCCUACCUGAGGAACCCCGGGAACUGACCUCACCUGCGCCCUGAGAGCGCUCAGACGAACCGCCUCGGGACUGAUUCGCGCCAAUUAAAAUGCCAGUAUAAAGGCCGAGGGGAGGCGGGUAACCUGAUGAUAAACCUGGUUCGAGUCUGGCUUCCCGCUGUUUGUGGUCUUUGACUCCCCUUGUAACAACUCAGCGCCUCAGUUUCUUUAUUUGUGGAACACACUGAUAAUUCUUGCCUUACAUGAUGAUUGAGAAGAUUAAAUGAGGCGAUGAGUGUGAAGCUUGGAGUGAUUUUCGGCGCGCCCUGGAUUCUGGAUAAGUAGAUGAAGAUCCAGUUUCAGACGUGAGACUCACUGAGUGAUCAUUUCAUUGAGAUCAACUUGAAUGACAAGGUGAAAAGUGCAAGAGGAAUGUGGUAUGACUGAGGCAAUUCAAUUUUUUAUUGCCAAUCUCAACUUCUUUUGACUCUACAAAAGAAAUUGUAUCUACAGCAGCCCCUAAAGCCAAGGAGUCCAGCAAAUCAUCAGAUAAGACUCAUGACUGAAAAACAGCGGGAAGAAGCAGAAUGGGAAAACAUAAAUGUGCUGUUGAUGAUGCAUGGCUUAAAGCCUUUAUCUCUAGUCAAAAGAACAGAUAUGAAAGAUCUCAUCAUUUUUGACAAACAGUCAUCACAAACGAUGAGGGAGAAUUUAAAAACAAUGAUGGAGGAAACAUCACGUCAACAGAACAUGAUCCAGGAGCUCAUAGAAACUAAUAAACAGCUUAAAAAUGAACUUCAGCAACAACAAAGCCGAGCAGCAGAUCAGGAACAACGAGCUAAUGACUUGGAACAAAUUAUGGAGAGUGUGAAGUCCAAAAUUGGUGAAAUGGAGGAUGAAUCUGUAAAUAGGGUUUGCCAGCAACAGAAUAAAAUAAAAGAACUUCAAAAGGAGCAUAAAGCUUUACAGGCAAAAUGUGAACAUUAUAAGAAAAAACGAAUGGAGCAACAAGAGACUAUUGCUGCUUUGCAGAAGGAUAUCUAUAGGUUAACACAGGAAGAAGAAGAACGCAUUAUCACUCAAAAUAGAGUGUUUUCUUAUCUCUGCAAAAGAGUUCCUCAUACCGUCUUGGAUAAACAGUUGCUUUGCCUUAUUGAUUACUAUGAAUCUAAAAUUAGAAAAUUUCAUAAACAAAGACAAUAUAAAGAAGAUGAAAGUCAGUCAGAAGAAGAAGAUUAUAGAAGCCUGAGUGCUUCACCCACUUACAACGGCCUUCUAAUGUCAUUACAGAAUCAACUCAAGGAAUCAAAAUCUAAGAUAGAUGUACUUUUAAGUGAAAAGCUGAAUCUUCAAAAAGAUUUGGAAGCCAGGCCUACACAGCAUGAAUUAAGACUUUAUAAACAACAAGUGAAGAAACUGGAGAAAGCCCUUAAGAAAAACAUCAAAUUACAGAAUAUUAUCAAUCAAAAAAAGGCUGAGGACAAAGAGGGAAAAGAAGAGCCCAGCAAAGAUAGCCAGCAACAGGCUCUGGUCGACCAGAGAUACUUCCAGGUAUUGAGUAGCAUCAAUUCAAUUAUUCAUAAUCCAAGAGCUCCAGUAAUAAUAUAUAAACAGAGCAAAGGAACAGCCCAACAUUUUAAUAGAGAUCUUGUUCAGGAUUGUGGAUUUGAGCAUCUUGUUCCUAUAAUAGAAAUGUGGGCAGAUCAACUGGCUUCCUUAAAGGAUUUAUAUAAGUCCCUGAAAAUACUAUCUGCAGAACUGGUGCCUUGGCAUAAUUUAAAGAAGCAGGAUGAAAAUGAAGGUGUCAGAGUUGAAGAUCUGUUGUUUAUAGUAGAUACCAUGUUAGAAGAAGUUGAAAAUAAGGCAAAGGACAGUAAUAUGCCAGACCUCCACAUUUUGCGAGCUAUUGUUUCUCACUUCCAAAAAUUAUUUGAUGUUCCUUCUUUAACUGGAGUCUAUCCUCGAAUGAAUGAAGUUUAUACUAGGCUUGGAGAAUUGAACAAUGCUGUAAGAAACCUCCAAGAACUCUUAGAACUAGAUAGUUCAUCCUCAUUGUGUGUGCUGGUAAGCACAGUUGGAAAAUUGUGUAGGCUGAUUAAUGAAGAUGUGAAUGAAAAGAUUAUGCAGGUAUUAGGACCUGAAGACCUUCAAAGCAUUAUCCGCAAAUUGGAAGAACAUGAGGAAUUUUUCCCAGCAUUUCAGGCAUUUACUAAUGAUCUACUCAAAAUCUUAGAAAUUGAUGACUUGGAUGCCAUUGUACCUGCAGUAAGGAAAUUAAAAAUACUUUCAUACUGAAAACAAAUCAAAUCAUUUUUACUGUGUAAAUUGCAUUCUUAACAUCCUAAGUAUUUUGUAGGAUCUUACUCUGAGAUAUGGGUUAUAAAAUGUACUUACCUCAAAAUUUACCCCCUUCUUUCUAUUGAGGCCUCAUCUGUAUAAUUUUUAUUGACUUUGAGAUUCUUUUAUAGAAAACAAUUGCUAAGUUUAAUUAAUAAAUUAACUUUAGAUCCUUGAAUAAUUCUUAAGCAGUUCUUGAGUACUUAAAAUUUAAGAUUGUUUUAAACUACAGUGUGUGAAUAAGAGAGAAACUCGGGGAGAGAUAAUGCAAGUAAUAGAAAGGUUGCAUUUAAGUUCAGAGUUUAGUGACCUUUUUGGUUCUAGGAACAAGGAAUGCCAUUGUCUGUCUUUAUCCAACCAGCAGGAAGCUAUUGCUUUCCUGGCAAGGAAAUGGCACAUUCUAUUAAGAUAUCCCUCAUAACAUUUGCCCUUUCAGAGCAGAAGGAACAAAAGGAAGAAGGAAAAAAAAAUUUUCCUGUUAGGGUAGGAAAGAAUUAUGAGGUAAAAUAGAUAAGUAGGUGUUAAGUCUCUCAUUUUAAAAAGUGUCUUUUUUACUAUCUUCAUGUGAUGUACCUUUUAUAAGGGCAUGGAAUCUUAAAUAAAAUUUUGUAAAGAAUUUCCAAA